AUGCUUAUACCCACCUUGUUCUCCUUGUGCUCUCUCACUUCUGUAGUCCAUGGUAGCUCUAGCCAUCAGUUGCACGCACGCGAUGUAGCAACCUUUAACUGGACAAAUCUUACACCCUCAACAUCUUUGAACUGGACAAACUGUUACGAUGCUUUCCAAUGUGCUCGGCUUGCCGUGCCUAUGCUUUAUUCUGAUCCGUCAGGACCGCAAGCUGCCGUCGCAUUGAUCAAGCUACCGUCUAACCUGUCGACUACUGACGAAAAUUAUAAGGGACCGAUUCUCUUCAAUCCAGGUGGUCCUGGAGGCUCGGGCGUGAAUUUCAUCCUUGAAACAGGAGCCGUAUUGAGCACAAUUAUUGGCCCAGAGUUUGAUUUGAUCGGAUUUGAUCCACGAGGUGUCGGAUUCACCACUCCGCCUUUAUCCGUCUUCGCAGACUCGGUUGAGGCAGGAGCCUUCUACACGCAGCGCGUGUUGGACGUUAACGCCACCGCUUCUUCUCUAGGGAGGUCUUUCGUUCAGACAACACUCCUAGGGAAGCUUGUUGAAGAGCGUGCCAAGGAUGUGGCGAAGAUGGUAUCAACGCCUACCGUUGCGCAAGAUAUGCUUAGCAUCAUGAAUGCAACCGGUCAGGACAAGCUGCAAUACUGGGGCUUUUCAUAUGGGACAGUUCUCGGGGCAACUUUUGCUUCAAUGUUUCCUGAUAAGAUUGGUCGCGUUAUCAUCGACGGUGUUGUGGAUUCCGAGGCGUAUUACAUGGGUAAUUGGACUGGGAUGCUUCUUGACACAACCAAAGCAUACACGACAAUCCUCGAUGCUUGUGUGCAAGCUGGACCAUCUCUCUGCCCCAUAUUUGAGAACACUACCGCUCAAGUCCAUUCGCGGAUCGAAAAUCUCGUGAACAAGUUACGCGCCGAGCCUGUCCUGCUCUUCAACACCUCGGCAGUUAACUCAGCUAUAAUUGAUUAUGCUACCGUUCGAAAUCAAAUAUUGGGAGCACUCUACUCACCGUAUGUUGAUGGUGCUCUGCUCACAGAGGCACUUGCCUUGCUUGAGCAAGGCAACGCGAGUCUAAUUAUCACGGAUUCGUUUGGGAGCGCAGCAAGUCAAUUUCUUGAGGAUGAAUGUCCAGCGCAAACAGGACAACCCUUCGUCGCCAGUUUAUCCGAGAUCUUGUCAACUAUUAUGUGUGGCGACAUCGUCACGGAUGAUGUACAAACCAUCGACUACGCUCGGUCUGCUCUUGAAAUAGGCUCGAAGCUUUCUCCUGAGUUCGCGGGAACAUGGUUUGCCAACCAGCUAUGCUCUGGUUGGACGCUUCGAGCAGAAGAUCGGUUCAACGGUUCUUUCGUGAAGAAUACAAGCUAUCCAUUGCUAUUCAUAGGGAAUACUGCUGACCCAGUGACACCGUUGGCGAAUGCAAUGAAGAUGUCAAAAGGCUUCGAAAACUCCGUCUUGUUGACACAGAAUUCGUCAGGCCAUUCAUCCCUUGCUGCCGCAUCACCAUGCACUUUCCAAGCAGUAAGUGCAUAUUUUGCGAACGGUACCCUGCCCAAAGAAGGCACGAUCUGUCAGAUCGUAAACACGAUUUUCAACUCGACAUCAAACUCUCCAGUUGCAAGCAUGAACAUGUUGCAAGGCAGGGAUGGACCUGCUCACAAUGCGGACUCGGAAAGCGAAUUGGUCAAGGCAGUUCGUAUAUUGGAGAAGGCUAGACGCCGUGCGACUGGACGCAAUAUCCUCUUUUAAAGAUAUAUAUGCCUCUGGGGUUUCUUGGUACCGCAUACUAAGACUUUAUCGGACAUUUGUCGAUAGUCAGAUGGCUUGG